GCAGUUAAGUUUUGCGGUUAGAUUGCGUGGAAAGGGAAGCACCCCGCGUGCGGAAUCUGGCCGCGCUCGCCGCGCCCGGUGCGUGACCUCACCCUUCGCGGUCGUUCGGGUACUCUCAGGGACCUGCACACCCCCCACCCCACCCCACCCCCGCUCCUCGGGCCGGACCACAGGGAGCACAGGAAGGCAGGCUUGAUGCUCAUGGAUGUUGGAUGGACCAGAGGCAGGGAUGGUCGGCUAUGACGCCAAAGCAGAUGUCAAGGCUAACUCCAAGUUGGACGUGGCGGUGGCAGGGUCUGUAUCUGGAUUUGUUACUCGUGCCCUGAUCAGCCCUUUGGACGUCAUCAAGAUCCGUUUCCAGCUUCAGAUUGAACGCCUGUGUCGAAGUGACCCCAACGCUAAAUACCAUGGGAUCAUCCAAGCAUGCAAGCAGAUUCUGCAGGAGGAGGGCCUAGCAGCCUUCUGGAAAGGACACGUUCCAGCCCAGAUUCUCUCCGUGGGCUAUGGAGCUGUCCAAUUUUUGUCAUUUGAAGAGCUGACUGAGAUGCUUUACAGAGCCAACUUGUAUGACACUCACGAAUUCUCAGCACACUUCAUUUGUGGUGGACUGUCUGCUGCCUUAGCCACUCUGGCUGUGCAUCCUGUGGAUGUUCUGCGCACACGCCUUGCAGCUCAGGGUGAGCCCAAGAUCUACAACAACCUGCGUGAGGCCGUGGUGACCAUGUACAGGACCGAAGGCCCCACAGUCUUCUACAAAGGCUUGGCUCCCACGGUGAUUGCCAUCUUCCCGUAUGCCGGGCUGCAGUUCUCCUUUUACCGCUCCUUGAAGCUUGCCUAUGACUGGGUCAUACCGCCGGAUGGAAAGCAGACCGGGAACCUAAAAAACCUGCUUUGUGGCUGUGGAUCUGGAGUCAUCAGCAAGACCCUUACGUAUCCACUGGACCUCUUCAAGAAGCGCCUACAGGUGGGAGGGUUCGAGCAGGCCCGAUCUACCUUUGGCCAGGUGCGGAGCUAUAGGGGCCUCCUGGAUUGCACCAAGCAGGUACUACAAGACGAAGGCACCAAGGGCUUCUUCAAGGGCCUGUCCCCCAGCCUGCUGAAGGCUGCCCUCUCCACAGGCUUCAUGUUCUUCUGGUAUGAGUUCUUCUGUAACCUCUUCCGCUGCAUAAGGAGAGAGGACAGAUAGCUGUGAGGGCAGGAGGGCCCUAAGGUCUUGACUGGAGGUACCUCCCUAAAGAAAGAAGCAAGACUCUCUGAGCUCAUACUGCGUGAUGGGUGCUGCCUGGGUGGCCUUCCAGACCAGCUGUCCUGAGCAUGAAGAGUCAUCAAGAACUGCUGGCAGAAGGGCAAGGGCCGCCUUUGUGAAAGAGCACAAGGAGAAGGAAGCGCAUGGGCGGUGGGAACAAGGCCCCCCGAGAAGGAACCUGGGCGCUUUCUCCUGUGUCCAGCUGAAAAGGAUUCAGAUGCCAUCCUCCACUUUAUAGUUCUGUCUUUGAGGGACCUCUCCCAGUUCUGGAUGGAGCCACCGCCUGAAUGCAGAGGGCUGGGACUGGGCUCUCUGCAGAAGUCUCACCCCCCCACAAUGUGGUCUGUUUCUCCUACCAACUUAUUUAAUAGACAUUAAAACAUGAAGCACGUUCCUUAU